CAAAACUGGGCAACAUAACCAAGUCCACUCUCAUACCAGGAACGGUUGAGGGCCUCAGGGCUAACAACACUGCAAACCAGGCAUGACAGGGCGAAUCUCAUCGAAACUUAAAAUCUGAACAAAUUGGAGGACGUUGACUCGUACAAUUUCUUCAAAAGACUUGACCCUUGGGAACAUGAAGGCGCUGAUCCUGGUGGGCGGGUACGGCACCAGGCUGAGGCCUCUCACCCUCAGCAGACCCAAGCCUCUCGUUGAAUUUGCCAACAAGCCUAUUGUGCUACACCAGAUAGAGGCACUGGUGGCAGCUGGCGUCACACAGGUGGUCCUGGCUGUCUCUUAUCAUGCUGAACAGAUGGAGCAAGAGCUGGCACAGGAAGCUCAGAAGUUGGGGAUUCAGAUUACAUUCUCCCUGGAGGAAGAGCCCCUUGGCACAGCAGGACCUAUCAAGCUGGCUCAGAGCAUUUUGGCCUCCAAUGAUGAACCUUUCUUUGUCCUGAACUCCGAUGUCAUAUGUGACUUUCCUUUUACUCAGAUGGUCAAGUUCCACAAACAACAUGGCCGUGAGGGCACCAUUGUGGUGACAAAGGUAGAGGAGCCCUCCAAGUAUGGUGUGGUCAUCUAUGAUGAAGCCGGCAAAAUUGAUCGCUUUGUGGAGAAACCUCAGGAAUUUGUAUCAAACAAAAUCAAUGCAGGAAUGUACAUCUUCAACCCAUCAGUUCUGAAAAGGAUAGAGUGUCGUCCCAUGAGCAUCGAGAAGGAAGUGUUCCCGUAUAUGGCCGGGGAUGGACAGUUGUAUGCUCAAGAACUCCAUGGGUUUUGGAUGGACAUAGGACAGCCCAAGGAUUUCUUGACAGGAAUGUGUCUCUUCCUUAACUCCUGUAGGAUUACUAAUAGCGCCAAGCUUUAUAAAGGACCAGGCGUUGUAGGCAACGUCUUGGUAGACUCGUCAGCCAAAAUUGGAAAGAACUGCCGAAUUGGGCCUAAUGUCACCAUUGGACCCAAUGUGGAAAUAGAAGACGGGGUGUGCAUCAAGCGGUGCACCAUUCUCCGAGGAGCAACCAUCAAAUCUCACACCUGGCUGGAGAACUGUAUCAUAGGCUGGAAGUGCAUCGUUGGCCAGUGGGUACGAAUGGAAAAUGUAUCGGUAUUGGGAGAGGAUGUGAUUGUCAAGGACGAGCUGUACGUCAAUGGCGGGAUGGUGCUGCCCCACAAGAGUAUAGGAGCCUCUGUCUUGGAGCCCAAAAUAAUCAUGUGAAAUAUGGUGUGCUUUCACUCGAGACAUUAUGAAUGGGUGUUGUUUAAUAUAUUUUUAUACUGUA